UUCAUAGGGUGGUUCCUGUACCGCUCCUGGGUGUCUCAACUGAAACCCGCGGCUUGGCUCCCUCAGCUUCCUCCAUUUUCUCUCCAGCUCUAGGAACAGAACCAAAAGGAGCUGAGCAAGGAAACAGCAAGACCUGAAGAAAGCAGAAGUGGGAGCGGUGAACACCGACCCUCCACAGGCGGGGCUGCCUCCUGGGGUCCCACUCUGCGCGGCUGCAGGUCCCCUCUGUGGAAGGAUGUCCCCUGGCCGGGGGCUGCCUUGGGCCCUGCUGCUUCUCUGGUUCCCAGGCUGUUUCCUCCUGAGCGGCCCCAGCAAGGUGACCGGCACUGUGGGGGGAUCCCUGAGUGUGCAGUGCAGGUACGAGGAGGAACACGAAACACAUGACAAGUACUGGUGUAGAAGAUCACACGUGCUUCUAUGUGACAAGAUUGUGGAGACCAAAGGCUCAAUGAGAAAAGCAACGAGUGGCCGAGUGACCAUCAGGGACCAUCCCGCCAACCGCAGCUUCACAGUGACCUUGGAGAGCCUCACCCUGGAGGAUGAAGGCACCUACUCGUGUGGGGUCGAUAAACCGUGGCUAGAUUCCACCUUCAAGGUUGUGGUGUCUGUGCUCCCAGCAGCGAGGUCGACACCAGCUCCCAUUGUCACUGCAGCCAGGACCUCAACAACCACAACCAAAGUCACAACUGUGUCUUUUACCAGCCACGGGGGUAGAAGCUCCACUCACAGCUCCAGCAGCCAGGAGAACCAGCAGAAUGUCCGGGACUUAAGCAAACGUCCUGGAAGGUGGAUGCCCCCUCACCUCGCCUGCCUCCCCGCAAGGCUCCCUGUGCUGUUUUCCUUGCUGGCCGUUCUGCUGCUUCUGUUGGUGGGGCUCUCGCUGCUGGCCUGGAGGAUCUGGCAGAGACGGCUCAAAGGUGGUGAUCCUUCAGGGCCCAGCCAGAACCCCAGGCAGGCCGGUGAGAGGUGGGAGCCUCAGUACGCAAACCUGCAGCUGCACACAUGGUCCCGGCGGGAAGGGCCGGUGACGCCGAGGCAGGUGGAGGUGGAGUACAGCACGGUGGCAGUCGCCAGGGAAGAUCUUCACUGUACCUCAGUGGUGUUUGAUUCGCAGAAGGAGGACUCUAACGCCAAUGGGGCUCCUCGCCAGGGACCCCAGAAGGAGGAACCAGAGUACAGUGUGGUCAAGAAGCCCGGGAACUGCCUUCUUGGCCCAUCUCCCCCUUAGCCUGCUCCCUCGUGGGGAGGGCCGUCCCUCCCGCACCCUAAGCCCAGCUGGCUUCCUCGAAGACAAGCAGGAACCAGGGAUCCGCGGGACCAGGGGGCCUCUCGUCUCUUUCCUCUAUGCCCUGCUGCUUCCCGGCCGUGCGUGGGGAUGACCCGGCUUCUCGGUCCCACGUGACUCUAGGAGUUGCCACGGCUCACAUCGACGACACCUACAGAGAGCUUUGUAAGUCACAGCCUGCUGGGCGAGGAGAGCUGAGAGCCAGCAAUGUUCCUGUGCAGAGGGUCACAGGGCGCCAUGCAAUGUCAUCUCCCUCCCCACCUCCCAGAUGAGGACACAGAGGCUCAAAGGAGAAAAGGCCGACCUGGGGCUCCAGGACUGGUGGCGAGAUUCUCUGGACUCUUAGGUUUAUUGUUCAAUCGAUGAGACAGAAAUAAAGUUUAAACUAUCUUCUUAAGGGAGAAGAAGAAAGUGACUGAAAUGACGCCUGCCGUGUCUGUGGCCCACAUUAAGGGGAGUACCUGGCUUUGAUGCCAGAGGAACUUUUUGUU